AUGGUGAACAAUAUGUCUACAGUUAAAAUCUUUUUUUUGAUCAUUUUUGAAAUUGUGUCCUUUAUUGGUAUUUUGGGAAAUGGAUUCAUUAUAGUUGUGAAUGGACACAAGUGGUUCCAAAGCAGGAAGAUGAUCCCUUCCGAUUUCCUCCUGACCAGCCUGAGUACAUCCAGGUUUAUCAUGCAGUUGAGUCUUCUGAUAAACUACGUUCUGCUCUUCAGCCUAAAGAAUAAUUUCCGUUUUGCCGUAGAAGAUGUUAUGUUCUUUUCCUGGAUGUUUUCCAACAUGAUCAGCCACUGGUGUGCCACAGGGCUCUGUGUUUUCUAUUGUGUGAAGGUCGCCAACUUUGCCAACCCCCUCUUCCUCUGGCUGAAAGCAAGGAUCAAUAUGCACCUACCCAGGCUGCUUGGACUUUCCAUAGCAAUUUUCAUGGUUUCUUGUCUUCCUUUCCUUUUUGAAUAUUUCGGACACAGAAAGUGGUGCAAUCUGACAGAAAUUCUGCCGGAGAAUGCUAGCCAAAGCGAGUUUGGUGACACUCCUGCCAUUGUUUUUCUUCCUAUGCAAUUUUCUUUUUAUGUCAUAAAUUUGUGCCUAAGCACAAUUGCAUCCAUUCUUUUGCUCGUUUCUCUGUGGAGACACACAAGAAAUCUCAAGAAAAGUGGUGUUGGUGUUAAGGACCUCAGUACUCAGGUCCACAUUAAAGUCAUGGCAUUUUUGUUGUUCUGGAUCUUCUUCUACUUUGCAGAUUUAAUUGCUCUGAUCAUUUAUGCUGACCUCAUUAAUAGUAUUGGGACAGUUCAAGGACUGCUUUUGGGAAUCUCGAUGUCUGCAUUUCCUUCUGCACACUCCAUUAUAUUAAUAUUAACCAAUCCUAAAUUGAAAGAAAUGUUUGAUUACAUCAUUAAAAACAUAUGCUCAUAUCAUAGACAUCAGGAACAGAAUAUGGAAAAAGGGCAUUCCCUACAAGACAGGAAAAGACAUUCCCUCCCUAUUUAA